AUGGUUGUUUCCAUUGAGGAAAACUUAUUUACUUCCGUUGAGGAAAACUUAUUUACGGAGGUGAAUUUGAACCGUCCAAAACAAAUUUGGACCAUCCGAAAUACUCUUAGACGGUCCAAAUACACCCGCGGUAAACAACUUGUUUACCGCGGCUCCGUGGAAGGUAUAUCUCUUCUCCUUUCCCUCAACUGUAACAAUUUGGGAGGCAAUAUAGGGUUGUUUCACACCCAAAUUCCAACAAACCCUUUUGCUCCUAAUUCCCUUGCAAAAAUGGGUCCAGCUCAAAUAAAGAAAUUGGUGUUCGAAAAACACAAAUUGGGUUUCGACAAGCUCGACCAUGGUCUUAGUUUGUUCCGUCGAAUGGUCCAACUUCGAUCUCGUCUUUCGGUCAUCGAUUUUAGUCAGCUACUUCGGGCUAUUGACAAAAUGAAGCAGUAUUCAACAGUAAUCUCUUUAUUUAGAGAAUAUCGAGACUUGGGAAUUCCAAUUAAUGAGUACACGUUGGCUAUUUUGAUCAAUUGUUUUUGCCGCAUUAAUAGAGUUGAUUAUGGGUUUGCUAUCUUGGGUAUCAUCUUCAAAUGUGGUUACAAAGCGGAUUUGAACACGUUAACCACUCUAAUAAAUGGGUAUAUUUUACAAGAUGUGAACACCUUCACCUCUCUAAUAAAUGGGUAUAUUUUACAAGACAACACUGAUGCCGUGAAAUUGUUCCUAAGGUUGACAAAACAAAGAGACAUUAUACGUGAUGAGGUUACGUACGGGACCAUCAUAAACGGGCUUUGUAAACUUGGAAACACUACAAUGGCUGUAGAGUUGGUCCGGAGUAUGCAAAAAUGGCAUUGCAAGCCUAAUGCCGUGAUUUAUAGCACAAUCAUUGACAACCUUUGCAAGGAUGGAAAUGUAGAUGAUGCUUUGAUCCUAUUGUCACAGAUGAGAGAGUGGGAUGUUACGCCAAACGUGGUUACCUAUACUUCUUUAGUUGAUGGGUUAUGCAAAUUAGGUCGAGGGAUGGAUGCCAUGAGAAUGUUGAGUGACAUGAUAGAGCAAAAUAUAUUUCCAGAUGUUAUAAUGUAUAGUAUGUUGGUGGAUGCAUUUUGCAAGGAGGGAAAGACAAAAGAAGCAGAGGGUAUACUCGCGAUCAUGAUUUGA